GUGGUGGGCAGGAGAAUGGCAGAAAUGUUCGACUACGUGUGGCCCAACAGGCCAGAAGAAGCGAACUGUGCUUUGCAUCCAGACAGUGGGAUCUGAUGAGCAGGCGUUGGCUGCCACGGAAUGCCAGCACCUGCUCAAACCAAAGACGCAUCUGUCAUGCAACAGAGAUGUCUUGUGUCCAUCUGACUGGACAGUGAGCAACUGGACCCAGUGCACAGUUACUUGUGGUGGUGGAAUAAGGACUCGUAAUGUCACUUGUGCCAAAAAUAAUUAUGAGCCAUGUGAUACUUCGAAGAGACCAAACUCUAAGGCCCUGUGUGGUCUCCAGCAAUGUCCUUCUGCUGGAAGAUUUCUGAUACCCCCACUGGCACCCAGAAGAGGAAAAAUCAUAAUCAGAAAAACAGCUACUAAUCCUGAAUGGAGUCCUCCUCAGAGAAUACCCGUACCAAGCCCAACGUCCCAUACAACAACAAAAAUACCUGAGCCUGAAAGUGUAACUCCCUGUUCGCCUACGUCCUCUGGUUUGGGUAAUGCCUCAGAAAAAGAACGAAUAGCCAACGAAACAUUACAAAAUCAUUUUGGUGGACCAAGUGAUGUUUACAAUUAUCCAGUUGUUUCUACUGAAAACAGUUCACACCAAAAUACUACUUCGUGGUCUUUUCAUAAUAGCUUAAGUACUGAAAUUAUAAGGCACACUGAAAAUAUUUCUGAGAGUGAGCUAGUUUCUACUGUAGCGAGUGAGAGUGAAGACACUCCUGUCUCCUCUUUUACCCAUAGCCCAGAAAUAACUUCCAGCUAUGAUUACUUGACUGAAGAAUCUGACGACAUUGAUGGGUCAGUUGGAGGCAGUGAGAAACCGAUUGAUCUUUACAGCACAGAACUCAGUCCUGAAAUCAGAACCAGGGACACAACCCUGGAUAUCGACUCUCACAUCCUUCAAAAUGAGAGUGUGACUUCUCAGCGCCCCCCAGCAUCUCAUGACCUAGACCCUUCUACACUCCUUCCCAUUAGAAGAGCAGCACAAGGGAUGGCAUUUCCAACAACAGCAAACUAUAUCAGUCUACAAGUUGAUGUGCCUUUUGUGGAAGUAACUACUCCACAAGUGUCAGCUACAGUAAUGCCCACAGUCUUUGAUCAUGUACCAAGAGACCAGACUGACAACAGAAAAGAAAUUAAGCUACCUGACCCCCUAACUUCCAGCACACAAUCGUCAGCUCUCGAUCGUGCUCUCAGGAACCAAAGUGCAAUAUCCGUGGGUGUUUUAACAAACGUCACAGAAAACAGCCAGCUAGUAACAUCUAACAGUUUGCCUGAUGAUGCCUACUGGAUAGUGGGCAACUGGAGUGAGUGUUCUACCACCUGUGGAAUGGGGACUUUCUGGAGACAUGUGGAGUGCAGCAGUGGGAACACAUCUCGCUGUCAGCACAUGAAAAAGCCUGAUCCUGCAAGAAAAUGUUAUGUCCGCCCAUGUGCUAGCUGGAAAACAGGAAAUUGGAGCAAGUGCUCUGCCAACUGCAAUGGUGGUUUCAAGACCCGAGAUGUUCACUGCAUUGAUGUUCGUGAAAAGCGACUUCUCAGGCCUUUUCAUUGCCAAUUACUUGGAUAUAAACCACAACUCAACACUAGUUGUAACAUGGAGCCUUGCUUGCAGUGGCAUGUGGAGCCCUGGAAUGAGUGUUCAAGAUCAUGUGGUGGUGGCCAGCAAAAGCGACGUAUCUACUGCCCUGAAGGCGGCUACUGUGACUGGACAAAAAGGCCUAAUGCCAUUGCGUCGUGUAACAGGCAACCUUGUACACAGUGGAUUAACCAGGAGUGGGGCCCGUGCACCGUUUCUUGCGGAGGAGGCAUUCAGCAAAGAACUGUGAAGUGCAUGAAUAUAGAAACUAAUGAAACUGAAGAUGACAGUAUGUGUGUGGAUAAACCCAAGCCCACAGAUUAUCAGAAAUGCAGUCUGCAAGACUGCAGGAAAAUUACAGGGCUACCUUGCAGCAAAGACCAGUUGUCGGUUCACUUCUGCCAGAGGCUGAAGGGCAUUGGCAAGUGCCUGCUGCCAUCAAUACAGACUCAGUGCUGCUUCACGUGUAGUCAGCCCCGAAUUCGUAACAAAGCAAGAUACGGGGAUCAGCGAGGCCUCAAACAACAAAAUUACACUAAAUCUAGAAGAAAAUCACCUCAGAACCAGGAAAACAACGACCAAGCUGCUCGGCUCUAG